UGUUUUUCCUGCUAUGAUGCCAGGGCAGAUCCCCGACCCGUCGCUGACGGCUGGCGCGCUGCCCGGGCUCGGCCCCUUGACGGGGCUGCCAGGCACGGCGCUGACGGCUGAGGAGCUGAAGUUCGCUGACAUCCGCAACAUUGGCGCCAUGAUCUCGCCACUCCACUUCCUGGAGGUGAAGCUAGGGAAGAGACCCCAGCCUGUGAAAAGUGAGCUGGAUGAGGAAGAGGAGAGAAGGAAAAGACGUCGGGAGAAAAACAAAGUAGCAGCAGCACGAUGUCGUAACAAGAAGAAGGAGAGGACAGAGUUCCUACAGCGGGAGUCUGAGCGUCUGGAGCUCAUGAACGCAGAGCUGAAGGCCCAGAUAGAAGAGCUGAAACAAGAGAGGCAGCAGCUCAUCCUGAUGCUGAAACGGCACCGUCCAACCUGCAUUGUGCGGACAGACAGCAUCAAGACGCCCGAGAGUGAAGCUAACCCGCUGCUGGAACAGCUAGAGAAGAAGUGAAGGCGGCUCCGGGCCAGGAGAAGGAGACAGUGGCACAGGGUCUUGCAGGGUCUCUAACACAUGUACUGUAUGAAGAACUCUGCACCGAAGCCCGGUGCAGCCAGGACCCAGUGGGCUUCCUUGGGAAAUAUGGACCAAAUAAAUAUGGGGACAGAGAAUAUCAGGAACAUGUUGGUCAUCUGCCCUGAGGCUGAACCCAGGAGCAGGGCUAGUGGCUCUGGUGAGGGCAACCUCUUUGUGAUACCUCAUCAUGGCCCUCCAGCCUGCUCAU